CAAGCCCAAUCUCAGGCAGGACGUCCCUGAGAACAUCAGCAGCUUUUUCUUUGCUCUUGCUCAGCUAAAUCUAAAAAUGUCCUGGACUCGACCUCUUCUUCUCACCUGUCUCGUUGUUUUGUCCGUCAUCACCUUGUUCUAUGGAGCCGACAGUGCUGCUGUCUCAGAUAAGGCGGCAGCCAAUCCUCAAGGUGCACUGAGGAAGGUCUUCAUGCCAGAAGCAGAUGCCUCCAGCUUCUUCAAACGGCGAGGCAAGAGGGCUGUGAAAACUCAAGAUGAGAUAAAUGCUGAACAGAGACAGAGGCUGGCCGCAGAUGAGAGAAGGAGGGAGUAUCACGAGGAACAGAGGAAUGAGUUUGAGAGUUACGCUGAAGAGGAGCAUGACGAGCAAGACGAGCGCACCAGAGAAAAGACAGAGCAGUGGAGAGAGUUUCACUACGACGGCCUCGACCCAUCUUACGAGUACAACCGACACACGGUGUAAAACAGAGGAUAAUAACUACAAGAGAACGAGUAGAGAGCUUUACAGUACUUUACAGUAGAUUCUGUGAAGGCGUUUUGGCACAAUGUCUGCAGUAAACAUGCACACAAUAGCGCAAAAGAACGUAGCCUUAAAUGUGUAUUCAUGCAUGCAGAACGUAUGUAAUCCAUGUAUCAUAGUUCUUUUAAAAGAUGUACAUUUAUUCAUAUGUAGGCUUUUAUAACCCUUACCGUAUGACUAAUAACUCGCCAAUUGCUAUUUUUAUGGCUAGUUUAAAAUGCAUUGUACAUUAUUUCGUCACGCACUAUAAUGACACAAGUAUUGCACAACUUAAUCAUUAUUAACUCUAACUUCAUUUUAAAACUUCAUUUUUAUUCAUUUUGUGCUGGGGUAAUGUAAAAUGUUACAUUUAAUACAAACAUUUCAUGUUGUAAAUCUUUGUAACAGCUCUUUUAGUUUGAAUCACAAUAAGUCCAACAGUAAAUCUGGUGUUAUCUUUGUCUUUAAUGAAAAUUUGAAACCAUACACUCACCAAAAACACUCACCACAGAACAAAUCUACUAAAGAGAAAACACUGCUUACAUCAUUUCUGCGACCUGAAUGAAAGAACCAGCACUCAGCUGCUAAAUUCAGAGGGCCAGUAUGAAGACCAGGAUGACAUGCAAGAUUUAGAGCAGAAACUGUUUGAAACUCUCACGGUCGUAUAUCAGUGGACACAUCAUAUCAAAACAGCUUCAGUUAAACUGGAAAACUGCCAUGUUUGCGUGAAAUUUUAGUCAUUUUUGCGUCACUGAAACACAAGAUCGGCAAAUACAAAUGUCCGUCACUGAAGCUGGUACUUUUCAUAUAGAUCUGUGAUAAAACAAACACGUUAUUGGUCAAGCGUUAAUCAAUCUCAUCAUUAGCCACAGUUAAAAGAAUAAUGACAGUUUACAUUACAGUGUCUAUAUUACAUAUAUUUAAUAAUAAUGUACUAUUAAUAGUAAUUUAAGUGGCAACAGCAAUAAAUACCUGAAUUUACACAAAAUAUUACAAAGCAACAUAAUCACUGCAAUGUAAAGUGUGACCAAAAGUCAUUAAAAAAAAAAAGCAAAGCUUACAAAAUAAAUCCAAAACAUACACAAAAUAGUGCUUUUCACCAUCAUUUUAUACCUUCAGAAACAUUUGACACACAAAUCACUCCAGAUUCUUUCACUGAUAUUAACAAAUUGCUGAGCAUUUGUGUUUGUUUAUACAAUAUUCACAUCCUUCAUUCUCUCAGUAAUAAAUGCCAGAUGGAUCCGAGCCCAGUCUCAUGAAAAUGCGUAUAAAUAGUACGCCAAAUAAAAACAAAAACUCGUGGUAUUGAUAUGCAAAAAUGGACUUUGGCGUACAUAUGAUAUGAACGUGUUUGGCGUGCAUAUAAUAUGCAGUUUUCGCGUGCAUAUGAUACGAAAUUUGUUGCCGUGCAUAUGAUACGCCGUUUUCGCAUCUACACUGUAAAAAAAGUUCCGUAAAAUUUACGGUAAAAAAAACAGCAACUGCGGUUGCCGGAAUUCUACCGUAAAAUAUACGGUAGCAACAUUUUACGUUUUUAACUUAAUUUUACAGUUAAAUACUGUAAUUUCAUUAACUGAUAUAAUGUUAAUAUACCAACCUAUUGAAGUACUGAAAUCUGUUUUGUACCUUUGAAAUACACUGAUAACCACCAAAUGCAGAAGGUGAUGAGAAAGUGACAUGAUGAACCAAAGCCCAUCACAAGCAGCUUUUAAAUAAUAACAUAUAUAGAAGGUGCACAGUGUCAUUCACACAAGCACUAAACACCAUCAUGGUGAGACUCAUUAAACUGAAAUAUGCAAUAAACAUUAAUUUAACAACAUUAGAUGUAACUUACAACCCUAAUAAACAUAACUGAUAAGAAACAAACUAAGAAGAAACCUAGUUAUUUCAAAGAAAAAACAUCGAAUUCAAACAAAAUUUGAAAUGCAACGCAGGGAAUUCUGGGAACGUCAAUUUACGGUUUUUCCCUGUACAUUUUACAUUCUUUUUCACUUCCAAAAGCGGUAUUUCACCGUAAAAUUGUCUGAAAUGUCUAUUACAGUUUUUCACCGUAUAUAUUAGGGAAACUUACCGUUAACCAUUUAACAGUUUUUUACCGUUAAAAUCACGGUCAUUUUUUACAAUGUACCCCACAACCCUAAUCCUACCCAU